CCCGAGGCGAGGGGAAGCCGGAGGAGCCCGGGAGGAAGCCGAGGUGCGAGCUGGAGGAGGAGGCGGCGGCCGCUCGGUCGGCCUCCCGCGGGACUGACGGCAGAGCGGCCGAGGCGGGCGGGAGGCCGGAGAUUACUUAUGAAAAGUGUCAUAGACUGAAACCCAAACAUGAGGGUAGCAGGAGCUGCAAAGCUGGUGGUAGCAGUGGCAGUAUUUUUACUGACAUUUUAUGUUAUUUCUCAAGUAUUUGAAAUCAAAAUGGAUGCAAGCUUAGGAAAUCUAUUUGCAAGAUCAGCGCUGGACUCCGCCUCACGUUCUACAAAGCCUCCCAGGUACAAAUGUGGCAUCUCUAAAGCUUGUCCCGAGAAGCAUUUUGCUUUUAAAAUGGCAAGUGGAGCAGCCAAUGUGGUGGGACCCAAAAUCUGCCUGGAAGACAAUGUUUUGAUGAGUGGUGUUAAGAAUAAUGUUGGAAGAGGGAUUAAUGUUGCUUUGGCAAAUGGAAAAACAGGAGAAGUAUUAGACACGAAGUAUUUUGACAUGUGGGGAGGAGAUGUGGCACCAUUUAUUGAGUUUCUGAAAGCCAUUCCAGAUGGAACAAUAGUCUUAAUGGCAACAUACGAUGAUGGAGCAACCAAACUCAGUGAGGAGGCGCGGCGGCUCAUUGCUGAAUUGGGGAGCACAUCUAUUACCAGUCUUGGUUUUAGAGACAACUGGGUCUUCUGUGGUGGGAAAGGCAUCAAGACAAAAAGCCCUUUUGAACAGCACAUAAAGAACAAUAAGGACACAAACAAAUACGAAGGGUGGCCUGAAGUUGUAGAGAUGGAAGGAUGCAUCCCUCAGAAGCAGGACUGAAGGGAAUGCGGAGGAAACCGAAGGGCAUGCACUGUGACUGUUCGUGGAUGAGCUAUGAAGAACUCUGUACAUAUUUUAAUAGCAUGCAACCAUCUUGGUGUGGGCAUGAGCAUUAUUAUCUCUCUGGAUGGCAGGAUUAUUUAUUGCUACCGUACAUAGCUACCUUUGUAAAUAGUCCUCUUAUUGUGCAAAUCACUGAACCAUUUUUAAGCACAUUUCCCUAAAUGUACAGUUUGGGAUGUCAUGGUAACAGUGUACUUUACAUUCUAAAUGCGUAUGCAAAGGAUAACUGACCAAAUUGUUUAAGACAUUGAUAUAUAUGCUGGUUUCUGUGAAAAUCUGUUGUGGAAUAAUACAGCUUUUAGGAAGAGGCUUUGUUUAUAUGUAUGUGUCUGUAUAAAUAUCAGGCCUGUGACAACAGUACCCUUUAAAUUAAAAAGAUCUUUUGGCUAGUUAUAUGUGUAUUGUUAACCUUACAGCUUGAUUCUUGAUGUGCCUCUCCUCAUAGUCUUUAUUUUUCCUUCUGAAGAAAUAAAAUGUUUUAUGUCAAAAUUUACAUCAGAUCUGUGAAAAGCACAAUUUUUUUAAUGCACACAGUAAAAAGUGAACAUAUGUGUGUACAUGCCCUUCAGGACCAUGUCUUCUAGAGUUUGUGCUAGUAAUAUGAACACCAUGAUUAGAGUGAGGCAACUAGGUCAUGUCUCCCUCUUAUCUUACUUGGGUGAUCCAGCUAAGGCAGAACAUUAUAGCAACGCAGGCAUAUAUGUUUCUGACAUGUUAUCCAUGUUGGCCAUGUGGCUUUAGAAGAGGAAGGUGUUAAUAUCGCAAUUUUGAUUUGUAAACCGAAAAACUGUAUACCUACUUCUGCUGGCUUCAUAGUAACAGUGAUUACCAGAGUUUCUGGUGUGUUUAAAGACAUCCUAAUUACUGAAAAGACUGUUAGUAUUUUUUGAAACUUUUGUUUGGCUCCACCUAGGCUUUAUGUCUCUACUUAAACAUAUCAGGGGUGUAACUUGUUUCUAACUUUAGAUGUUCACUAAAUGACUCGGUUUUGGUUUAUUAUUUUAUUGGGUAUUUAAUACCUUAUUAUAUAUGGAGUAUGUUGAUCAUUUGUCACAUAUAAAUGUGCUAAACUGGAGCAUAAACAAAUGAGAUGAUUGAACUGCCUUUCAUAGUACUAAGGCAGCUCCUGAAUUUUGAACUUAAAAUUUCAAUGGUUUGAACAAAAACCUAAAAGUGGUGUUUCUUUUUGGGCUGUGAGUUGGAAGCUAUUCAAAUAUUUCUUUAAUAUUAAUGAACUCUGGGAUACUAUUUCUUCUUACAAAUUGAAUAUAAUUCGUAAGUAGAUGCACCUCAGUAUUUGUUGCUUCUACCCUGUCAAACGCAGCAUGGAUACUUUGACUUUUAAAAUGCUUCCCUUAGUUCUAUAAACUAAAAGAAAAAAUAGCUAUUUUACAGUUCUAGGGAUUGUAAAAUUAACAUAGCAGGGUCUUGUUUUCUUUUUUAAAUAAUGAACGUCAAUACUCUUGGCUUUACAUUGUGAACUUUUUUUGUACUAUUGGACAAAAUAAUAUACCUGUGGAACAUCACAUGAAGGGUUUUUUUUUUUUAAGCGUUUAUUGUACUGCAAAACAUUGUCGUUGCAGUUAAACACAGUAAUAUCCUCUGGAAAUAUUUUAACAUAUACAGAAUUUUAAGUAUCUUGAUGUGUGUGAAAUGUGAGAUGGGAUGUGUAACUGCAGUGUGCAGUUUGUUUUUGUCCGAAUUCUGUCUUGUAUAGACUGUGCCAACUUAACCAUGGAAGCAAUAAUUUUACAUUUCACUUUCAGAUCUCUUUAAAGUCAGCCUUAUAAGUGAAACAAUGCUCAUCUAAUGUUGAAAACUUUAUUAAAUUCGGAACUUUGACAUUGA